UUCAUUCUUUAUAGCCAAAAUGUUUGAACAAACCAUCUCAGACUCCGACUUUGCUCUUCUCGAAUCGAUCCGUAGGCAUCUUCUUGACGAAUCCGACGUUUCAGAAAAUUUUCCGGUGAUGCAUCCAUGCAAUGCACCACCGGUUUAUGACUUGAGUUCGAGUUUUACUGCUUUUUCUUUUAUCGAGAAUUGCCAAGUAAUGCCAUUAAAUAUAAAUAGGUCAACCGAGACAAUGAUCGGGUUCGGAGUGAAGGAGGAGGAGGCCGUGGGGGCACGUGAGGAUCACGUGCCCCCAGAGUGGAGGAAGUAUAGAGGUGUCAGGAGGCGGCCAUGGGGAAAGUUUGCAGCAGAGAUAAGAAACCCUAAGAGGAAAGGUGUCAGGAUCUGGCUCGGGACAUACGAGACGCCCGAGGAUGCUGCGCUGGCUUAUGACCGAGCCGCUUUUAAAAUGCGCGGCUCGGGUGCUAAGCUUAAUUUUCCGCACCUUAUUGGCUCAGAUAACUCGGAACUAGUUAGAGUGACUCCGAGGCAACGAAAGUCACCGGAAACUUUGGCGCCAUAUUCUUCGUCGGAAAGUGAUUCUCCGAAGCGGAGGAAAAGCCAGGUUGGCUCAGUAUUGGCCGUUAAACCUGAGUUGGAAAGUGUUAGUGUUCGAAAUGAAUGACUAUAAAUUUAGUGUAAUGGCCACACUAUGUUAUUAUAGACACGUCAAAUAAUCAACCAAUAAUAAAAUAACACAUAGAAGAGUGAACUCAGUGCAUGUAAAAUAGGAUAAGAUCCCAUUUAAGUGGUCACAUUAGUUACUUGUAAAAUGUGAUAAGAUCCCAUGAAUUGUAGUUUGUUUUAAAUUUGGAUAGGUCACAAGAAAAAGAAAAAGAUGUUUUCAAAAUGAUUUGUCUCCAGCUUAUAUUUAUGGAUUGGACAGUCAAGUAUUGAGACGCAGUUACAAUGUAUUUGAUUACUUGAAGGGUAAG